AUGCCCUGGAUCCAGACACUCUUGGUUGAAGCUACCUCGUUCCCUGACCGCCGCCGUGAUUUCGGCUUGCAGGAACGUCCAGUGCUCAGUUCGGGAAGGCCUUUCUUCGUGAUCAUGUGCUUGCGACCCGGUAUGGCUCUGCCAUACAGUGACCAAGCCAUCCCGGAUGCCAAAGAAGCACGGAAGCAAGAGGUACCGGCCGUACUCAAGGCUGAUGUGUCUUGGCUAGUGGAGGUGAUGUCGGACGGACUGGACCUCCACGAGCUGGGACGCGUGGGAAUGACAUGCAGGGCAUUGAGCCGUGAGACUCAGAGCCUUCCAUUCCUGGGGCGCCUUACCACGAGCUGGGCCUUGAGAAGUCCCUGGGUGUCCUUUGCA